CUGGCAUCCGCCUAAAAUGGGGUGAUCGCGCGAGAUGGUAUCGUAUUGCCGGUAUAAAAAGCAUCAAGGCUCCCCGCCGCCGGUCAGAACGGCUUCUAACGAAGGCUCCAGGGCUGUGUUCUCGUGUCUCGACUAGCCCAAAAGUCUCGUUAGCCCUCCGAAAAUGCCGAAACCUGUCGUCCAAGAGGGCGAGGACCCCGAUCCGACCCCGUACCUGUUCGUUUCUCUGGAACAGAAGCGUAUCGACCAGAGCAAACCUUACGAUGGCAAGAAGGCAUGCUGGGUGCCUGAUGAAAAGGAGGGCUUCGUGCAGGGCGAGAUCAAGGCCACCAAGGGAGACCUGGUCACCGUCAACCUGCCCGGUGGCGAGACUAAAGACUUCAAAAAGGAUCAAGUAGCGCAAGUCAACCCGCCCAAGUACGAAAAAUGCGAAGAUAUGUCCAACUUGACAUAUCUCAACGACGCUUCAGUAUUGUAUAAUUUGAAGCAGAGAUAUUACCAUAAACUCAUUUACACGUACUCGGGUCUCUUCUGUGUGGCCAUCAACCCUUACAAGAGAUUCCCCGUGUACACGACACGAUGCGCCAAGCUGUACCGUGGCAAGCGUCGUUCGGAAGUGCCACCUCACAUCUUCGCCAUUUCCGACGGCGCUUACGUCAACAUGCUGACCAACCACGAGAAUCAAUCUAUGUUGAUUACCGGUGAGUCUGGUGCUGGUAAGACUGAGAACACGAAGAAGGUAAUUGCGUACUUCGCCACUGUCGGUGCCUCCCAGAAGAAGGACCCAAGCCAGGAGAAGAAGGGCUCCCUGGAAGAUCAAGUAGUACAAACCAAUCCUGUACUUGAAGCGUUCGGUAACGCUAAGACCGUCCGUAACGACAACUCCUCUCGUUUCGGUAAAUUCAUCCGUAUCCAUUUCGGUCCAUCCGGAAAACUGGCUGGUGCUGACAUCGAAACCUAUCUGCUUGAGAAGGCUCGUGUCAUCUCCCAGCAAGCUCUUGAGCGUUCUUACCACAUCUUCUACCAGAUGAUGUCCGGCUCCGUCAACGGUCUUAAAGCCAUCUGCCUUUUGUCCAACGACGUCAUGGACUACAACAUCGUGUCCCAAGGAAAGACGGUCAUUCCCGGCGUCGAUGACGGCGAGGAAAUGAGAAUUACCGACCAAGCCUUCGACAUCCUUGGUUUCACCCAAGAGGAGAAAGACAAUGUAUACAAGAUCACUGCUGCCGUCAUGCAUAUGGGCUGCAUGAAGUUCAAGCAGAGGGGUCGCGAGGAGCAGGCCGAGGCUGAUGGUACCGAGGACGGUGACAAAGUUGCCAAGCUCCUCGGCGUCGACUGCGCUGACCUGUACAAGAACUUGUUGAAGCCCCGCAUCAAGGUCGGAAACGAGUUCGUGACCCAGGGUCGUAACAAGGACCAGGUCAUCAACUCCGUCGGUGCCCUCUGCAAGGGUAUCUUCGAUCGUCUCUUCAAGUGGCUCGUCAAGAAAUGUAACGAGACCCUAGACACCAAACAAAAGAGGCAGCACUUCAUCGGUGUACUGGAUAUUGCUGGUUUCGAAAUUUUCGACUUCAACGGUUUUGAGCAACUCUGCAUUAACUUCACAAACGAGAAACUGCAGCAGUUCUUUAACCAUCACAUGUUCGUGCUCGAGCAAGAAGAGUACCAGCGCGAAGGCAUCGAAUGGACUUUCAUUGAUUUUGGCAUGGACCUCCAAAACUGCAUUGACCUUAUUGAAAAGCCUAUGGGUAUCCUCUCCAUUCUUGAGGAAGAGUCUAUGUUCCCGAAAGCCACUGAUCAGACCUUCGUUGAGAAGCUGAACAACAACCACUUGGGCAAAUCUGCUCCUUACUUGAAGCCCAAACCCCCCAAGCCAGGUUGCCAAGCUGCUCACUUCGCCAUUGGUCACUACGCCGGUAACGUCGGCUACAACAUCACCGGUUGGCUCGAGAAGAACAAGGACCCGCUUAACGACACCGUCGUUGACCAGUUCAAGAAGGGCCAGAACAAACUUCUGGUCGAGAUCUUCGCUGAUCAUCCUGGCCAGUCUGGUGAUGCUGCUGGCGGUGGCGGUGGCAAGGGCGCUGGUGGCAAACGCGCUAAGGGUUCUGCCUUCCAGACUGUAUCAUCACUCUACAGGGAACAACUUAACAACUUGAUGACGACGCUGAGAUCCACCCAACCUCACUUCGUGCGUUGUAUCAUUCCCAAUGAAUUGAAACAGGCUGGUCUCAUCGACUCUCACCUUGUGAUGCAUCAGCUCACCUGUAACGGUGUGCUUGAAGGCAUCCGUAUUUGCCGUAAAGGUUUCCCCAACAGAAUGGUAUACCCUGACUUCAAGCUCCGCUACAAGAUCCUGGCCCCUCAAGCUGUGGACAAGGAAUCUGAUCCCAAGAAAAUUGCUCAAGUCAUCUUGGAGGCCACGGGCUUGGAUGUCGAGUCCUACCGUCUCGGUCACACCAAGGUAUUCUUCCGCGCUGGUGUCCUGGGUCAGAUGGAAGAGCUGCGUGAUGACAGGCUCUCCAAGAUCGUAUCAUGGCUCCAGGCUUACAUCCGCGGUUACUUGUCCCGUAAGGAGUACAAGAAGCUGCAGGAGCAGAGAUUGGCUCUCCAAGUUGUCCAGCGCAACUUGCGCAAGUACCUGCAACUCCGCACCUGGCCCUGGUGGAAACUGUGGCAGAAGGUCAAGCCUCUCCUCAACGUCACCCGCAUCGAGGACGAGAUCGCGAAACUCGAGGAGAAGGCACAGAAGGCUCAGGAGGCUUUCGAGAAGGAGGAGAAGCUCCGCAAGGAGGUCGAGGCCCUCAACGCCAAGCUGCUUGAGGAGAAGACCGCCCUGCUCGCCAACCUCGAAGGAAACCAGGGCAGCCUUGCCGAGACCCAGGAGCGCGCUAACAAGCUCCAGGCCCAGAAGGCUGAUCUCGAGAACCAACUCAGGGACACCCAAGACCGCCUCACCCAGGAAGAGGAUGCCCGCAACCAGCUCUUCCAAGCUAAGAAGAAGCUCGAACAGGAAGUCUCUGGCCUCAAGAAGGAUGUCGAGGACUUGGAACUGUCCGUACAGAAGUCCGAACAGGACAAGGCUACCAAGGACCACCAGAUCCGCAACUUGAAUGAUGAGAUCGCUCACCAGGAUGAGCUCAUCAACAAGUUGAACAAGGAGAAGAAACUCCAAGGUGAGACCAACCAGAAGACCUCAGAAGAACUCCAGGCUGCCGAAGACAAGGUCAACCACCUUAACAAGGUCAAGCAAAAGUUGGAGCAGACCCUUGACGAGCUCGAAGACUCUCUGGAGCGCGAAAAGAAACUGCGUGCUGACGUCGAAAAGCAGAGGAGGAAGGUUGAGGGAGACCUCAAGCUCACCCAGGAAGCUGUCGCCGACCUCGAGCGCAACAAGAAGGAACUCGAACAGACCAUCCAACGCAAGGACAAGGAAAUCUCAUCUCUCACCGCCAAACUCGAAGACGAACAGUCCCUGGUCAGCAAGCUCCAGAAACAGAUCAAGGAGCUCCAAGGCCGCAUCGAGGAGCUCGAAGAGGAAGUCGAGAGCGAGCGCCAGGCUCGCGCUAAGGCUGAGAAACAACGCGCUGACCUCGCUCGUGAACUUGAAGAGCUCGGCGAAAGGCUCGAGGAAGCCGGUGGCGCCACCUCUGCUCAGAUCGAGCUCAACAAGAAGCGCGAGGCCGAGCUCAGCAAGCUGCGCCGUGACCUCGAGGAGGCCAACAUCCAGCACGAAGCCACCCUCGCCAACCUCCGCAAGAAGCACAACGAUGCCGUCUCCGAGAUGGGUGAGCAGCUCGACCAGCUCAACAAGCUCAAGGCUAAGGCUGAGAAAGAGCGUGCUCAAUACUUUAGCGAAGUCAAUGACCUCCGUGCCGGUCUCGACCACUUGUCCAACGAAAAGGCUGCACAAGAAAAGAUCGUCAAGCAACUGCAGCACCAGCUCAACGAAGUCCAGAGCAAGGCUGACGAAGCCAACCGCACCCUCAACGACCUGGAUGCCGCUAAGAAGAAGCUGUCCAUCGAGAACUCCGACCUUCUCCGCCAACUGGAGGAGGCCGAGUCCCAGGUGUCUCAGCUCUCCAAGAUCAAGGUGUCGCUCACCACACAGCUCGAAGACACCAAGAGGCUCGCCGACGAGGAAGCCAGGGAACGUGCUACCCUUCUUGGCAAGUUCCGCAACUUGGAACACGACUUGGACAACAUCCGCGAACAGGUCGAGGAGGAAGCCGAGGGCAAGGCUGAUCUUCAACGCCAACUGUCCAAGGCCAACGCUGAGGCUCAACUGUGGCGCUCCAAGUACGAGUCCGAGGGCGUCGCUCGCUCCGAGGAACUCGAAGAGGCCAAGCGCAAGCUCCAGGCUCGUCUCGCCGAAGCCGAGGAGACAAUCGAAUCCCUCAACCAGAAGGUUGUCGCUCUCGAGAAGACCAAGCAGCGUCUCGCCACCGAGGUCGAGGACCUGCAGCUGGAGGUCGACCGUGCCACUGCUAUUGCCAACGCUGCAGAAAAGAAACAGAAGGCCUUCGACAAAAUCAUCGGAGAAUGGAAACUCAAGGUCGACGACCUUGCUGCCGAACUCGAUGCCAGCCAGAAGGAAUGCCGCAACUACUCCACCGAAUUGUUCCGCCUCAAGGGUGCCUACGAAGAAGGCCAGGAACAGCUCGAGGCUGUCCGCCGCGAGAACAAGAACCUUGCCGACGAAGUCAAGGACCUCCUGGACCAGAUCGGCGAAGGUGGCCGCAACAUCCACGAAAUCGAGAAAGCCAGGAAGCGUCUCGAGGCCGAGAAGGACGAGCUCCAGGCCGCCCUCGAAGAGGCCGAAGCGGCUCUCGAACAAGAAGAGAACAAGGUCCUCCGCGCUCAGCUCGAGCUGUCUCAAGUCAGACAGGAGAUCGACAGACGCAUCCAAGAGAAGGAGGAAGAAUUCGAAAACACACGCAAGAACCACCAGCGUGCCCUCGACUCCAUGCAGGCUUCCCUCGAAGCCGAGGCUAAGGGCAAGGCUGAGGCGUUGCGCAUGAAGAAGAAGCUCGAGGCAGACAUCAACGAGCUUGAAAUCGCCCUCGACCACGCCAACAAGGCUAACGCCGAGGCCCAGAAGAACAUCAAACGCUACCAGGCACAAAUCAAGGAUCUGCAAACCGCUCUCGAGGAGGAGCAGCGCGCCCGUGACGAUGCCCGCGAACAGCUCGGCAUCUCGGAGCGUCGCGCCAAUGCUCUUCAGAACGAACUGGAAGAGUCCCGCACACUCUUGGAGCAGGCCGACCGCGCCCGCCGCCAGGCCGAGCAGGAACUCAGUGACGCCCACGAGCAACUCAACGAGCUCUCCGCACAGAGCGCUUCCCUCUCUGCCGCCAAGAGGAAACUCGAGUCCGAGCUGCAAACCCUGCACUCCGACCUCGACGAACUUCUCAACGAGGCCAAGAACUCCGAAGAGAAGGCUAAGAAGGCCAUGGUCGACGCCGCUCGUCUGGCGGACGAGCUCCGCGCCGAGCAGGAUCACGCUCAGACCCAGGAGAAACUCCGCAAGGCUCUCGAGCAACAAAUCAAGGAACUCCAAGUUAGGCUCGAUGAGGCCGAGGCCAACGCGCUCAAGGGAGGCAAGAAGGCCAUCCAGAAACUCGAACAGAGAGUCAGAGAACUCGAGAACGAGCUCGACGGCGAACAGAGGAGGCACGCUGACGCACAGAAGAACUUGCGCAAGUCCGAGAGGCGCAUCAAGGAGCUCACCUUCCAGGCAGAAGAAGACCGCAAGAACCACGAACGUAUGCAGGACCUCGUCGAUAAACUGCAGCAGAAGAUCAAGACAUACAAGAGGCAGAUCGAGGAGGCCGAAGAGAUUGCCGCCCUCAACUUGGCUAAGUUCCGCAAGGCGCAACAGGAGCUCGAGGAGGCCGAAGAGAGGGCAGACCUCGCCGAGCAGGCCAUCAGCAAGUUCCGCGGCAAGGGACGCGCGGGAUCUGCAGCGAGAGGAGUCAGCCCGGCGGCGUCCAUUAAAGGGCGCCCAUAGAUCAGCACUGGAGUUUAUCCCCAGCGCUCGCGCCCCGCCCUUGCUGACGGCUUCGGCACCUUCCCACCUAGGUUCGACCUGGCGCCCGAAGAUUUCUAAACGUUCCACUACAAAACAUAAAAACGGACUGUACAGAUUUUUCGUUGAAAACGUAACUUUUUAUACAUUAGCUGUUGAUGAUGAGCGAAAAACUGUAAAAUACUAAAUAUGCAAUUCUUUUUUUUUGUAAGCCAAACAAAAAUAUAUACACUUUAGGGAUCUAAUGUUUUUACGAAAGGCUAUUUUGUAACGUUGUUGAUAUUUAUUUAUAUUAUUUAUUACCGUGGAGUAUGUAUCGAGAGUGCGAGCGAGUGCGUCGGAUGCACGUGCGCGCGCGAGCACCGCCGAGACACGCCCCCCACCCCCGCACCGCACACCCGCACGUGCACCCCGCGCACCCUCCAUUUGACAUCUAAUAAAGCGAUAUCGUUGUCAUAAAAUAUUUA